AUGCUGAACGCCGCGAUGAAAAUCGACGAGCUGCAAACCAGCGCCGACGUAAAAAUCCGACGCCAAGAUGAAGGCGACGACGCCGAGAAGAACGCGCCUGCAUCACUCCCUCACCAAGAUGAUCUGCCUCCGCCGCCACCGGUUCCUGACGUAGAAGCUCCCGUCACGACCGCCGCGUUAACCGCCGCCAUGCAAGGCUUUACUGCUCAAAUUGCUUCUCAAUUCGCCCAGAUGCAAGCUCAGCAGCAAAAGUACAACGACACGAAACCGUCGCAUCCGUCUCGUCAAUGGCAGAAACAUCAUCUCCAACAUGUCGUCACCUUCAAACUCAUCAGCAACUUAAGCAACACGCCUCUUCAUCGAUAA